CCUUCACAUCUCUCUCUCUCUCUCUCUCUCUCUCACAUUAAAAUAAUUUUCUGUAAGUUGGUUUUUUCUUUGUUUUUUUAGAGCCAUGGGAACCCAAGGUCCAUCUCCGGACAACUAUGUCGCGAAUAACCAACACAGCCUGGACGAGAAGAAGAAGGCCGAGGACUGGCUUCCUAUCACCUCCUCCCGCAACGCCAAGUGGUGGUACUCCGCAUUCCACAAUGUCACGGCCAUGGUUGGUGCCGGAGUCCUCAGUCUCCCUUACGCCAUGUCCGAGCUCGGAUGGGGUCCAGGUAUCACAAUCCUGAUCUUAUCCUGGGUCAUCACACUCUACACUCUCUGGCAAAUGGUGGAAAUGCACGAGAUGGUCCCAGGCAAGAGAUUCGAUCGAUACCAUGAGCUCGGACAGCACGCAUUUGGAGAGAAGCUCGGGCUUUGGAUCGUCGUGCCUCAGCAGCUGAUCGUUGAAGUGGGGGUGAAUAUUGUGUAUAUGGUUACUGGAGGAACAUCACUGAAGAAGUUUCAUGAUACGGUGUGCCCAGGAUGCAAGUCGAUCAAGAAGACAUACUUUAUCAUGAUAUUUGGGUCUGUGCAUUUUGUUCUGUCGCAGUUGCCGAAUUUUAACUCUAUCUCUGGGGUCUCCCUGGCGGCUGCUGUUAUGUCUCUCAGUUACUCCACCAUAGCUUGGGGAGCCUCCGUAGACAAAGGAAAACAAGCAGGAGUGGACUAUGGUGUGGCCUUUGCCUACGCAGGCCACAAUGUCGUUCUUGAGAUCCAGGCAACCAUCCCCUCCACCCCAGAGAAGCCCUCGAAGAAGGCGAUGUGGAGGGGAGUCGUGGUCGCCUACAUUGUCGUUGCCUUGUGUUACUUCCCUGUAGCACUUGUCGGGUACUGGGCCUUCGGAAACACUGUGGACGACAAUAUUCUUCAAACUCUUGAGAAGCCUAGGUGGCUUAUAGCUACGGCAAACAUGAUGGUCGUCAUUCAUGUCAUAGGAAGUUAUCAGAUCUAUGCCAUGCCCGUUUUUGACAUGAUGGAGACUGUACUAGUAAAGAAGCUUCAUUUUACCCCUGGUCUUACUCUUCGUUUGAUUGCAAGAAGCUUAUAUGUUGCAUUCACAAUGUUCAUCGGAAUGACCUUCCCUUUCUUCGGUGGUCUACUUAGUUUCUUUGGAGGAUUUGCUUUCGCACCAACAACAUACUUUCUCCCUUGUGUCAUGUGGCUCAUCAUUUGCAAGCCUAGAAGGUUUAGCUUAUCUUGGAUCAUAAACUGGAUUUGCAUUAUACUCGGAUUAUUAUUGAUGAUUUUAUCGCCCAUUGGUGGACUAAGACAGAUCAUCCUCAAAGCCAAGACGUACGAGUUCUACUCAUAAGUUGCGAAUUAGGAGGCUUUUUGUGGUGGGUUGCGGUGAUGAUGAAAUUGCUUGGUUCUGAAACAAUACCCACUCUUCGGUGUUAAAAUUAUCUGUAAAUGGUUCUUUUAGGAGAGGUUGGCGUUGUUACACUAUUUUGUUAUACCGUAUCGAAAACAGAGUGUAAUUUUAUUUUUUUUUUUGUUUUCGGCCUUUGUGGCUGCUGGUAUUUAAAGAUUACUAUUUGUUGUGCUGAAUGUUGCCAGAGCUUAAUAUUCUGAUAUCGUUCAGCAUUGAUGAGAUA